UUACAGUUUUUUUUAAUUGGUUUGGCGCAGUUUCCACAAGCAAUUGGUACAUUUUCAAAACUCUUCGUACUUAUAUCGCAACAGAUCAUCAAAAGUGCACCUUUUUCAAACAUUUCAGCAUAUUUCCAAUUGUGUUAGUACAAUACACAUAAUGGCAAAAUAUCCUUUUCACUACACAAAAUAAGUGUUUCAUCUAAAUAAAUGUUUCGUUCACAGUUACUGCCUUUCAUAAUGUUAUCCCUAUAAAAUUUUUGAUUUGCAUCUCUUAUCAUUCAGUUUAAUACAUUUGUCUGUCAUUCAAUUCAACUGAUCUUAAUGUUUAAUCAAUGAAUCAUUCAUUAUGUCCAUGGAUUUUCAACUUGACUGAUUGUUGUCUGGUCAUUUGUAAGUUACACAUUGCUGCAAGAGCUUUCAAUCUAGAAAUACUAAUUGCUAAUUGUUUCCCCCUGAUGAUCACAAUUAGUUACCAUAUAAGUAGAACUGUGUUUGAGACUUUGCACUGUUCAAAUAUGGAGCAGGAUAGACUCGUAGGGAGAGGAAACCUUCAUCGAAGAGGUGGUGGUGCUCCUCGACAGAGAGGUGGGCACGGACAAAGAGGAAGAGGUGGUGGUGCUCCUCGACAGAGAGGUGGGCACGGACAAAGAGGAAGAGGUGGUGGUGCUCCUCGACAGAGAGGUGGGCACGGACAAAGAGGAAGAGGUGGUGGUGCUCCUCGACAGAGAGGUGGGCACGGACAAAGAGGAAGAGGUGGUGGUGCUCAACGCACCAUCAUCUCUAAUGAAGUCCGGGCCAUCAUUGUUGACCAUGUGGUUAACAGAGGCUUUACCAUGGCUGAGGCUGCCAGGUUGGUACAGCCUAAUUUACAAAGGUCAACUGUCAGCUCUAUCAUCCAAACUUUUCGCCAAGAAAACCGAAUUAACAGGAGACAACCUGGUGGUGGUCGCCCACGUGUUUUGACUGACCAGCAGGAGUUGGCUGUGGUGGACAUGGUCAGGGCAAGGAAUGACAUACGGCUGUCUGAAAUCAAACAGGCUAUUGAGAACAGCAAUGACACCUUUGCCAAUGUGCCAUCAAUUAGCCUUCCAACGAUUGCCCGGCUUUUGAAGAAGCACCAAGUUUCCAUGAAACAAAUUUACUUGGUUCCUUUUGAGAGGAACAAUGUCCGGGUGAAACAACUGCGUUCAGAAUAUAUUCAGAGGGUGAUGGAGCUGGACGCUGCUGUGAAUCAUCACAAGUAUAUUUUCGUUGAUGAGGCCGGUUUCAAUCUGGCAAAAACUAGACGCAGAGGACGUAACCUUAUUGGACAAAGGGCUACCAUCCAAGUCCCUGGACAACGUGGGGGAAACAUCUCAAUGUGUGCAGCUAUAUCUGAAGAUGGUGUGGUAGGCUGUAGACCAGUUCUAGGGUCAUACAACACUGAACACCUGAUAGUUUUUUUAAAUGAACUGGAGCAGGCCUGUCAGGGAGAAGACAUCGUCUAUGUUGUUGUGUGGGACAAUGUCAGCUUCCACCAUGCACAGCUGGUUCAGGAAUGGUUUCAAACACAUCCUCGCUUCAUGACCCUCUAUCUUCCACCAUAUUCCCCUUUCCUCAACCCAAUUGAGGAAUUCUUCUCUACAUGGAGGUGGAAGGUGUAUGAUCGCCAUCCCCAUGAGCAUGUCUCCCUUCUUCAAGCCAUGUGUGAAGCUUGUGGUGAUAUAACUGCUGAGCAAUGUCAAGCCUGGAUUCGUCAUGCCAGGAGAUUCUUCCCACGGUGCCUGAACAAUGAAGACAUCCACUGUGAUGUUGAUGAAAAUUUAUGGCCCAAUGUUAAUGACCGGCUUGAUUAAUUGUGUAAAAGUGAUGAGAAUAAAAUAAAAUGAAAAUAUAUUUUGCUUAUGUAAAUGACUUGUUUUUUUUCUCCCUUUUUCAUGUGUGUGUGUGUGUCUGUGUGUAUGUAUAUGUAUAUGUAUAGUUAUAUAAUUUUUUUUAUGUCUGAACAUAAGUGUAAUAUUUGCUGUGUACAGUUUUACAGUUCAGUUACACUCAUUCAUCACCAAGGACAAUUUGAAUCGCUUACCUUGUAUUAUUUUCUCCUGAAUGAAAUGAUUGGUAAAAGUACUAAGUUGAAAAAAGAGCUUACUGUUUUGUUUGGGUGAUUAAAGCAAAUGUUCUCAAA